CCGCAUUGAAACAGGUUCCAACAUGAGUUGCCCGCCCCAAACAAGAGAAUGAAUGACUAUUCACAAAUCAAGAGUUUCAUUUAUGGGGAAAUAGAAAGUUAAGCAGGGACGUAUUUAAAACCACAACCGAUCAGGACUGCGAGCUCAGACGACGGCAGAAAGGAUUCCACACCAUUACUGAACUGUAGUCCAACAGGUCGACCAUGUUGGAAAGUCAUCUAAUGGGCUUUUUAGUCCUCUUUCUCUCAAUCCUUCCUACUGAAUCAACUAAUGGACUUCUCAAAUCAAUCAACGACCUGAAGAAAAUCCCAUACGGCCGAUCAGUGCCCAAGCACAGCCUUGCGCUGCUCCACUGGUUUGCCAACACAAUAGAAAUAGACAACAACGACUUCAUAGAGCUGCCCUUUGUACCAAACAAUGGAGACUAUGGCACUCAUCACUAUGGAAACUUUGAUGGAGUCCUGCCACCCGGCCAGCGGUACUACACCCUCGGCAACAUCAACCCCAACAAUAACGGAAACUCUUUGCCCUCUUAUGUCACCGGUCAGCGAAACAAUCUGUUGGGGAGUGAGGAACUCAACAGGGCUCGCAUCAUAUUCUCGCUCUUGGGCCAGGAAACCAUCGACCAGGUGUUCAUCACACAGCACUACCAGGCCAGUCAGGGUCAGGGGACUGUGUAUGACCCAGUGCACACCUACGAGAUCAGCAUCAACCUCUUGAGGGAGCUCAGAGAAUUCUCCUUGGACCAAAACCAACAGUCCGAGCUGUCAGAGAUCGGAACCAACUUCGGUAGCGCCAUCGACAGCAAUGAACUUUCGUCUAUAAGAAACAAGUUUGGCCAGCUGGCGUGUGUCGGACUGCUGUUGUUCAUCGUGAUCACUGAGAGGAAUUUGCCUUGCAGACCCAACAGAGCUCGAGAAACGAAGCGUCCUCCCAAACAAAACGUUGGAGAACCGAGGCGUCCUCCGAAACGUAACAAUGGAACAAGCGCAACGCCGUACAUAUCUUUGAAUAUUCCCGAAAACGACUACAACCAUAGGCAACUCGAUCAGGUCAGGGACAAUGAUCAAUGUUGCCCUACAGCCUGCAAGAUAUGUGUAGGAAUAAUAAUAACAAUAAUAAUAAUAGCAAUAACCAUAAUAACAAUAAUAGAAUACAAGUCCAGAAUUUAAAGCAUAGGGCACCUUUCCAAAGUAGAUUACAAAGUGGAUGACAGAAUAGAAUGAAACCAGACUAGGAGAAUAGAAUAGCUGAAACACUAAGUACAGAAUAAAUAAGAUACAGAAUACAUACAAUCAUAGACACAAUAAAGAUAAACAUUUGAAGAUGUAGUGGGGUGCUAGACCAUGCCUAGCUUUAAAGGUGAAGAGUAUAGUAGAGGUGAGAGCUGGCCCCCUGGGAAGGCCAAGGUUCACUGGAGUGGAGUUCCACGCCAUACCCUACAGAUAGGAGUGAAGUCAGUGCUCUACAAGAACCACCGGGACACCAGUGGGAUCCUUCACUAGAGUACUGGGCCACACUGGGGAACCUUUGAAACAUCGGUUCCACUGAACAAACGCCAUCGGGUCGGGCUCCACAAAGGCAUACGUCGUUGCCUCUUUUCGGGUGUCAGACAAUCUGUGAACAAUAUCUAAAGCAUUUAAAACAAAUGUUUUCAGCAAACACUGUAAAUCGUUAUAUCAGGUCAAUAUAAACGUUGAUUCAGAUGUGUUUAAUCAGGGUAAAUGUUUUGCACUUGACAAUCCAAGUUCCUGGGUGUUUAUUUGUGUGUGU